GGGGCCGGGCCGAGGGGCGGCACUGCCGGGAUGAGAGGGGCAGGGCAGGGCGCCGAGCCCCUCACAGGACGGCCCGGCCCGGCCCCGCCCCGCUCCAGUCCCCCGCGGGGCGGCGGGGAGCGGCUGGGCAGCCCCGGCGGCCUCCGCCUCCUCUGGCAGCGCGGGGAAGGACAGCAGCUAGAGGGAGCUCCUCCGGACUGCAUCUGCCCGUGCGCCCCGGUUCCUUUCAUAGGCUCCCCCGCCCCCUCCCCUCCCUCCUUCCCCCGUGAUGGCGGAGGACAGCGAGUCUGCGGCCAGCCAGCAGAGCCUGGAGCUGGAUGACCAGGACACCUGCGGCAUAGACGGCGACAAUGAGGAGGAGGCCGAGCACGCCAAGGGAAGUCCUGGAGGGGAUUUGGGAGCGAAGAAGAAGAAAAAGAAGCAGAAGAGAAAAAAAGAGAAACCAAAUUCUGGAGGCACCAAAUCAGAUUCUGCGUCUGACUCCCAGGAGAUUAAAAUUCAACAGCCUUCAAAAAAUCCAGCCAUUCCAAUGCAGAAGCUUCAAGACAUCCAGAGAGCAAUGGAGCUGCUCUCUGCAUGCCAAGGCCCAGCGAAGAAUAUUGAUGAGGCUACCAAACGUAAAUACCAGUUUUGGGAUACGCAACCUGUACCUAAACUUAACGAAGUUAUAACUUCACAUGGUGCAAUUGAACCAGAUAAGGACAAUGUCCGCCUAGAGCCAUAUUCUUUGCCACAAGGUUUUAUGUGGGACACAUUGGAUCUUAGCAAUGCCGAAGUUCUGAAGGAGUUAUACACACUGUUAAAUGAGAAUUAUGUAGAAGAUGAUGAUAAUAUGUUUAGGUUUGAUUAUUCACCUGAAUUUCUUCUGUGGGCACUACGUCCUCCGGGCUGGUUACCCCAAUGGCACUGUGGGGUUAGAGUGUCUUCAAACAAAAAACUGGUAGGAUUCAUAAGUGCCAUCCCUGCAAAUAUUCGUAUUUAUGACAGUGUGAAGAAAAUGGUAGAAAUCAAUUUUCUAUGUGUCCAUAAGAAACUGAGAUCUAAACGGGUAGCACCUGUCCUGAUUCGGGAAAUAACCAGAAGAGUAAACCUGGAAGGAAUUUUUCAGGCUGUUUACACUGCUGGAGUGGUACUCCCCAAACCUGUGGCCACUUGCAGGUAUUGGCAUCGAUCACUGAAUCCCAGAAAACUGGUGGAGGUGAAAUUUUCACAUUUGAGUAGAAACAUGACUCUACAAAGAACAAUGAAGCUCUACAGACUUCCUGAUGCCACAAAGACUUCAGGUUUGAGACCAAUGGAACAAAAAGAUACUAAAGCAGUACAAGAAUUAAUCAACACUUACUUGAAACAGUUUAAUCUUGCUCCUGUGAUGGAUGAAGAAGAGGUAGCCCACUGGUUCCUGCCUCGGGAUCAUAUUAUUGACACUUACGUAGUAGAGAAUCUGGCCUCAAAUGGUGUUUUAACAGACUUCCUGAGUUUCUACACGUUACCUUCAACAGUGAUGCACCAUCCUGUUCAUAAAAGCCUCAAAGCUGCCUAUUCCUUUUACAACAUUCAUAACAGAGACCCCCUCUUGGACUUAAUGAAUGAUGCACUCAUUAUAGCUAAAUUGAAAGGAUUUGAUGUGUUCAAUGCACUAGACUUAAUGGAAAACAAAACAUUCCUGGAAAAACUCAAGUUUGGGAUUGGAGAUGGAAAUUUGCAGUAUUAUUUGUACAACUGGAGGUGUCCUGGCAUGGAAUCUGAAAAGGUUGGUCUUGUAUUACAAUGAGGACACUUAUGUUUCUAGAACUUUGAGGUCAUCGUUUGAGUUAAUUUGAUCUCCAUAACUCUUGGAACGGUGUUGUUCAAGAGGAGUAAAAGCACAACGUCGGUGAUACUGAGAUAGCCCAUUAAACCUGAGCAAUGAAGACAUCCAUAUGUGACCAAAUUUAUGCAUUUUCAGAUAGAUCAGAAGGUCCAUGAAACUCUUUUAUUGUCCAUGAAAAGAAUAAAAGCACAUUCAUUUAAGUUUCAAAGCUUAGCUUGCACCUUGAUGAGAAGAAGGUAUUUUUUUUCCACUCUGUAGAAAAGACUGUUUUGUACAAACUGAACUUCAGUGGUGGAUUAGGGGUACAAAAUAUUUGCUAUUAUGUGGAUGAAACUGCUGCAUUUCUAUUUAUUAAGUGGUGGUGUAUGUUUGUCAGUGUAACAGAAUGAAGGAUACAAACUUGAGUAUCUUUGCUUAUUUACUUCACAUGGAUAUCAUCAUUUGGGGGAAAAAUAAUGAAGUACAAUACGUUUGUAGCUCUAUGGAAGUCCUGGAUGUUUUUGUAACUGGAGCAGUAUGACAAUGUACUGGUUUAACUAGUGCAUUUGUUUCUCCAUAAGCAACGCUGCCAAAUCAAUAAAAAUACAGAUUUGUACUUUGAUCUUC